AUGUCACUUUUACCACUUGCACCAUCAUUGAAGCCAUUUCUUGAGGAGUAUCUCCCAAGACCAGGCUCUAACAGACCCUUUGUGACACUUACAUAUGCACAAUCAUUAGAUUCCCGUAUAGCUGCUAAACCUGGCGAACAGACCAAAAUAUCACACCUAGAAACGAAAACAAUGACGCAUUAUAUUCGUUCUAAGCAUGAUGGUAUAAUGGUGGGAAUAGGUACUGUUUUAGCCGAUGAUCCAAAAUUGAAUUGCCGUUUCGAAGCUGAAGAUGGACAUGUUUCCACACCGAGACCUAUUAUCUUAGAUCCCACAGGGAAGUGGGUAUACAAUAAAUCGCAAUUGCGCUCUGUAUGUGACGAUAAUAAGGGACUUGCUCCGUUUAUUCUUAUAGAUGAUACGGUGACCCCUAGAAAUGAGGAUGUGAAAAUUAUAGAGAAACAAGGUGGGGCGUAUGUCAAGCUUCCCUUAGCUAGGAGUUCAAAACGAGUUGACAACUGGAAAGUUAUAUUGGCAAAAUUAUUCCAAUUGGGUAUUAAGUCUCUUAUGGUUGAAGGUGGGGCAAGUAUUAUUAAUGACUUGUUAAUUUAUAACGAGAUUGUUGAUAGCUUGAUCAUUACAAUAGGCCCAGUAUUCUUGGGUAAAGAUGGAGUAGAAGUGAGUCCUCCAGGACACGCUGAUUUAAUUGACGUCAAGUGGUGGCAAGGCAUCCAGGAUAGCGUAUUGUGCGCUAGACUUACAUAG